AUGUCUAGAAAAAAUAAUUCCAAAAAAAUAGAACCUUCACAGAAUGAACUUGCAGAGAAAUACCUUAAAAUCAGAGAAGAGGUAUACACCAAGAAAGCCGAGGAUUCAAUAGUCGAUCUAAAAGAAAGCCGAAAAAGAAUUAAAAAGUCAAUUGAAGAAAAUGAAAGAAUCCUUUCACAACAAAUAAAGCCCACCCGUAAAAAAAAACCUAUAGGAGGAAAAGCAAUUCAAGCAAAUAAUUCUCGUUCAAUCACAAAAAUAAGUGAAUUUGAAGCUGGUUAUCCUAAGAAAGAAUAUAAAAAAUAUAUUGAACCAUUCCCAAUCCCUUACGCCGAAGAUGAUCCAGUAUUGAGACAUUUUUAUUAUUUCGGAGAAGAUAAUCACACAACAGAUUAUUUUGACAAUUAUGAUCGAGUUGAUAUUGAUAAUUCUAAUUAUUAUGCA